AUGGCUGAGGACAUCCUGUUUCUGUGUAAUCACACCCAGGCGGAGAGCUGCAGACACAGUAUCAGAGGACAAUAUGAGCACUGGAAAUGUAAGCACAAGGAGGAGAGACAACUACAGAAGCUGGAUGGUCUGAAUAACGAGCCUAACGAGCACAACAAUCGCCUAACGGGCCUAACGAGAGUGAUAUUGAUGAAGGAAUCGGUUGAGCUUUUCUGCAAGCAGGGAACUGCUCUCCCGUACUUUGUUUGGAUCUUCAGAAGCCCCUCCAACCAGGAAUUAAAGACAUCCAGAAGGCAAACUUUCCGAGCAGAGCAGAUGUUUCUGUUGCCGAGCAGCCCGCGGUGCAGGGUGCGGUCGGACAGCGUGAGCACCUCGGCGACCCAGGGCUCCAGCAGCAAGAUGCUGCUCCGCCAGCGGCUCACCCAGCUGCUCACCUGCGUGGAGGACAUGAGCUCCGACGAGGAGGCCAGCGAGGAGAUGUCCCGCACGCUGGACGAGGCCUUCCAGCUCUGUGGACGCUUCCUCCCCACCGACGCCUUCAGGUUGUACAUGGUGACGUGGAACGUGGGGACCGCGGAGCCUCCUCCAGACGUGGACUCCCUGCUGCAGCUGGACGCCCAGCCCCCCGUGGACCUCUACGUGAUUGGUCUGCAGGAGGUGAACUCUAACCCACUGAGGUUCAUCUCAGACAUGAUGGUGGAGGACUCCUGGAGCCACAUGCUCAUGAACACAAUGGCACCCAGAGGCUACGUCAAGAUGACAUCCGUGAGAAUGCAGGGCUUGCUGUUGUUAUUGUUCUGUAAACAAGCACAUGUUCCCUUCAUAAGAGACAUACGGACCACAUACACACGCACUGGCAUCUUCGGCUACUGGGGCAAUAAAGGGGGCGUGUCAGUGCGUUUCUCCUUUUAUGGUCACAUGCUGUGCUUCCUGAACUGCCACCUGGCCGCUCACAUGAACUACGCCCUGCAGCGCGUCGACGAGUUUGAGUACAUCCUGGACACACAAGACUUUGAGGAGGACACGCCGCACGUUCUGGACCACAAGGUGGUCUUCUGGUUUGGAGAUCUGAACUUCCGCAUCGCCGAUCAUGGCAUGCACUUCCUCCGCUCAUCCAUCAACAGUGAACGCUACAACCUACUCUGGCAGAAGGACCAGCUGUUGAUGAUGAAGAAGAAGGAGGCCUUCCUCCAGGAGUUUGACGAGGGGCCGCUGUGCUUCAAGCCCUCCUACAAGUUUGACCGCAACGGAGACACCUACGAUACAAGUGGUAAGAAGAGGAAACCGGCGUGGACCGACCGCAUCCUGUGGCGCGUCAAACCAAAAACCCUGGCUCCAGAGGAUGACGACGAUAGCGUCUCGACUCUCACGGAUGAUGGACAUGAGGACUACCCAAUCCAAGUCCACCAGGACAACUACACCAGCAACAUGAGCUACGGAGUUAGCGACCACAAGCCUGUGUUAGCAUCCUUCAAACUAGAGAUGAGGAAGAAGUGUGAAUUGGCGCUGGUGCACGUGAGCCCUGAGGAUGUGUGGAGCGCCGACUGUAACGCCACGCUGAGCUACACGGUGCAGGAGGACUUCCUGUCCUCCACAUGGGACUGGAUUGGUCUUUAUAAGGCGGGAUUCAAGCACGCUUCAGAUUAUGAGGCCUUUGUCUGGGUUAGGGAUAUUGAUCUGCCUGAACUCAACGAAGUCAUUAAGAAAACUUGGGAUAAGGACCAGAUUCCACUCCUGGGAGGAGAAUAUGUCUUAGGAUACUUUAGCACAAACCUGCAGAGUCUGGUUGGAUUGAGCAACAACUUCCAGAUCCUGGAAUCUAAACGAGCCGUUAUGGAAGGACUGGUGCCAGAAAACAUCAACGGGCUCAACAAAUAAACGUUGUUGACACAACGUUCAGAAUAUAGCAGACUACAUUGUCCACCAUAUCCAUUCUUCAACAUCUAUGGGUUCAGUAAUGUGAAAUAGAAACUAUAAGGCCUACUGUUGCCUUAACAUCCUCCAGAGAUCAUGUUUCUUUGUUUGUCUGCAUUUUAUAAUCUGUGUGCAUCAGUUUAUCUGACAAUAAUGUAUCUGUAUGCUAUUUGACUUUCACAUAAGGUCUAUUUGAUUUGUGUCUGUCACAGGCAUUGACAAGGUGUAUUAAAUAUGACUUGUCUAUCCUGCCACUCUCCUAUAUGCAUAUCAUGACCCAAAAGUUUGGUAACUGCUCUAAUAUAAUCUAACAAGCAUGAUCAGAGUAAUCAAUUAAUCAGAAAGCCAUUAGCUACACCUGUAAUUUCUGCUAUCAAAUAUCUUUAAAGUGUAAUAAAAACAAAAGGCCCAAUCUUUGUCAAGUAAUGCUCUCUGUGCUCUCUGAGUUUGCAGAAACCGGGUCAGCAUUAUAGCUGAAGGU